UUAGGACGGAAAUGACAUCAUUAACACUAAAAGGACUGGGUCGAGAGAAUGAAAGCUACGCGGCUGGAUGCCAUUCAAAACAAAGUAAAUUUAAAAGCUAUCAUAAAAGCAAACCCAUCACUUGUCUUUAUUUGCUCAUCAUUGCUAGUCGUGAUGUAUUAGUCUAAGAAGGUUCUUCCAAAAUGGGAGCAAAGUCUCAAACAACAACUCCCCAGUGUUUCUACAGAACACAAGUGAUUUCUAGGAGGUCAACUUUUGUCUACAUUAGGAACAUUGCAUUUCCAGAGUUUUAACUCUAGGCACAGCCAGGCAUCUUUUAGUAAAAAUAAUAAUCGUCUACUCCCUCUUGAUUAAAAUUCAUUCUAAUCAACAAAAAAGAAAGGUUAAUGUACUCAAAGCUCUGCUUAACAUUCUGCGAGACAACAUUUUUUGUAUCUAUUGUGAUUCAUGCCCAAGCUGGUGAAAAAAGUAGUGAUUUUUUACAUACAGAGACAUUAUUUUUAAGAAUAAAUUCAAUUAUCUAACAAGCGUCAUAAUAAUCCUAAUAAUGUCUAUCCAAAGAAAGUUACAGGAUAUUUUUAUCAGUGCAAAUUUUGUUGCAAAUACGUUUGUUCUGGGGUCAGAUGAAAAAAGUGUACUUAAAAAUUUUUGAUAUGGAAUUUUGAAAGUGACAGUUGAAAAAAAAAGAGAUAAAAUCUGGUUCAAAUGAAAGGAUAUUCAUUUGUGCAGCGGCCAUUUGAUGUCAUUGCUAAUGUCAUUUUCUGAUGAAAACUAUUCCAUAUCAAAAUUCAAGAUGGUGAUAAAAAUAUUUAUAAGAUCAAAAUAUGGCAAAGUAGCUUUGUGGAAAGAUAUCAUUUAUUGCUUGUUUCGUCAUUCCUUAAAUUCGUGAAGUCUUAUGAAUUCUGUGUAGUCUGUAGCAUAUCUAUGUUAAAGUUCAUAUGUCGUGGAUUUGCUAAAACUUUCUUUUAUUUUACGAGAUAAGGUAAGUUUUUAGUUCAUUCAAAUGUGAAAGACACUGAUUUUGAAUGCUGAUUACUUUGACUACAGUGUAAUAUAAUAGUUUGAACAGUUUGUUGUUUAUUGUAUAAUAUAAUUUUUCACUAAUAAAAGUACUCAUUGUGAUUAAAUUACGUCAGAAUUUUUUUCCUGAGUUCCUGCGAUCUAAAUUCGGUAAUGAUCUUUUGCUGAAAAAUCUGGUUCAAAUGUCAGGUUUUGAGUCGCGGAUUUGAAGAGAUAGGUCGGUUUAAGGAUUAUUGCUAAGGCCUCAUUUUUUGUAAAAUGAUGUGUGAUUUUAUAAUUCAUUACUCAAGUGAGAAAAUCAACCAUGCCAAUAUGAAAAUUUUAAGUUUGUGGAUUAUAGGUAUUUCAACUUCAAAUGCCCCGCUAUGAUCUUCAGCCGGUACACUCACAUGUAGAAUCAAAUAACAAACAGAAUAUACUCUUCUCUAAUUUUCACAUUCACUCAAUCAGCAAUCUGAUUGGUUGACUCAUCAGAAGAAUUCUGAGACUGGGACCUUGCUAAUAGCCAGAGAAAGCCUCACUGUGCUUUUAAUGCACUCAAAAACUAAGCGAGUAUCAAUUAAUGGUAUCACAUAGCUGCAUCAAAAGAUAUUCGUGAGCAAAUGCACUAGAAACGCCUUUUAUUUGCUUCUAGGAAACACUUACACGUUUUCAGUAAGAAAAAUUUCACAACUUAAUUCGUAUUAUCUCAAAUGCGUCUAGUUUCCAACUGUUUACUAUAAUGCUAUUGGCAACGGACGAUGCCACAUCUGUAUCUGUCAAAUAUAGUAUUCAGACAAAGCAUACGCGUAUUUUUUUAUCAAUGAGUUGUGUAAGCAACCAUGUCUCCAAUGCACAGCUAAGUAAAAAAUAGUACCGAUCACUGAUACAAACAUAUCUUAAAAUAGAUUUGUAUAACUUGUAUGCUAAUCCUUAAAAGGCUUUAUUACGACAGAUUUUCUUGUAAAAUGUACAAUUAUAUUUAACAAAUGAAUACAAUAAAGCUAUCGAAAAGGCUUAUUGACAUCAAAAUAUUAUAGGUAAUUUUUAUAUAAACAUUGUAAAAUUUGUGACAAAAGACCAAGAGUAAGAAUACUUUCUGGGCAACCAGGUGAUUUGAGCCUGGAAAUAAUUUAUGCUUAUGUCAUGUGAGCUGAAGAAACAUGUCAAUCAAAAUAUGAUUUCUGUUAAUAAUUAGGAUAAGUUUUGCUAAUGCUGGUCACCAUAGCAAUGAUGAACUUAUCUGCAUUUCGAUUGGCUGUGUCAAGUCUCCAAAUACGGUCAGCAGAUGUGAACUGCUUCGCAGCAUAUAAUAAGAGAGAAAUAUAACCCAUUCUUGUUCUAAACGAUGCAUCAGCAGAAGAUACAGAUGUCCUAGAUGACAAGAGGAGAAGCGACAGACUAUGGUUUUUCUGCACAAAAAAGGUGCAGAAUUGAAAAGACAAGAAAAAGUUUCUUGAACAAAGUCAAGAAAAAUUGGAAUGUAACAACAACCAUGAAAGUAUAAACAGUGAAAUUUUCUGAAAAUGAAGCCUCAAAACGGACAAUUUUAACAAUUUUUCCCAACUUGAUGAAGCAAAAUAUUGGUAAUCAGGAACACUAAAUUGAAGCACAGGGAGAAAGUGGUAUGGAAAGGAGAUAUGGAACAUAAUCUAAAGCAAGUCCUUAUGUUCUACAGCUCUUCAAGUUUAUCCAAUUUUUGGAGUAUAUUAUCUGGAAGUUUAUCUCGUUCAAAGGAAAAUAGAACUUUGACCUGGGUGGUGUUGCUGUGAUAAUUGGAAGGCCAUAAGUGUUCGCAGGAAAGUUGGUAUGGUCUGCUGAUUAAUGUAUUCGGAAUUAUAUGUUGAGGACUAAGAUAAGCAAAUUUAUUUGAGACAGGCAGCAAUUAUUUGAGAAGUGAUUAUUUUGUAGAAAGAUAACAAAAGACUUGUGAAAAUCGCAAAUUUUGUGCUGCUCACUCGGCAUGGCUUGGGAUAGCCAGAUGAGAUUGUUCUUCCAUGAAGUAUCGGAAGAUCUACGGGGUUUCAUAAUUACGAUGCUAGUUUUAAACAUGUUAUGUCUCUUAGCAACACUGCUUCUUAAUGUGUUCCCGUUGAUAACCUUGAUAUUCGUCAGGUCUUUACAAACUGCAUCAAAUUCCCUACUAGGUGCUAUGUGCGUUGUGGACAUUGCUGUUGCCAUAUUCGUACAAAUCAUUUAUCAAGCCAUGCUUCAAAGUACGCUCUCAUCGGAAAGUACGCCCAGCAUUGGCACUUUUAUUUCAUUUGCUGUAAUGUUUGCUCUGUGCAGAGGGACACUUUGCCUUAUAAUAGCGCUGAUCAGCUUGGACAGGUUUACCGCCGUUUGCCAACCCUUCUUCUACUUAGGAAGAGUCACGGUAGCGAAAUAUUUGACAAUUUGCGGGUCAGUUUGUAGCGUGUGGACCGGUCUCUGUAUAAUUGUAAUAGGAUCACGAUCAGAUACAGCCAUAUAUUGCACUCUGGGAUUCUGCAUGACUUUCUCUUUCGGUGUGAUUACAUUCUGCUGCACAAAGAUUCUAAUGGUUGUUCGCCAGCAGCGAAGGCGAGUACAAACUGUUGGUAAAAUCUCAGGGACAGCAAAUACGGGCGGCCGUCGUCAACGAGAAGGUGGCAAAGCAUUCUUUAUUGUAAUCGAGGUAAUGGUAUUCAUUGCUGGAAAUUUGCCAAGCUUGAUGGCUUUGUUAUGGUUCUUACCAGGCAACGUUUCUAAUGAUAGUAUGUUAGUUUGGACCAACGUGGUAAUUCUUGCCACAAACAUCAAUUGCGUUAUCAACCCAUUGAUAUACUGUCUUCGCUCAACCGACAUUAGAAAGGGGGCAAAGAAGCUGUUUAAAAGGUCUGAUUAUUGGUGAAGAUGUUUCAAAACUGGUGUGCUACGUAUAUUUUGGUUUUCCAUAUGCUAUAUCUUCAGUUGCCCGUACAGGUAUAUGAGCACAAUGUAUAUAUACUUGCAUCCAUAUUUAUGUAUAUUUGUAUAUAUUAAACUGUUUAUAUAUUAAACUUCCUGAUUAAAACAUCUUUAAGAUAUUUGUAUACAUUUCAGAGCUAAAUAAUUGAAACUCUAAAGACGAUGAGAACGUUCAGAAACAAGUGAGUGCAUUAAAGGGACCAUCUAGAUUAAAAAAUUGUUGGUUGCUGCACAGAUAAUGCAAUUUUGCUUUAAAUAUCGAAGAAAGUCUGAAUCAGUUUUCUCUGACUUCAUUAGACCCAAGUUGCUUUUCUUUGAAUCUUUCUUUGGGCAUCAAGCAAUGUUUGAAAAUUUCUUGUAAACCUUUGUAAAUUUUGAUCAAAUUUUGGAAGUAAGGCGUCCAAUAAAACUUGUACUUUUGCUGUUUAUAAAUUUCCCACUCUGCAUUUCCAAAAUAACAGAGAAAAAUAUAUUAAAGAGGAAUCGCUGUUUCUUCAACCCCACUUUUUUACUCUUUGAUGUCAUCAUCGUAAGCAAGCAGAUGACAAGCUAAAAUGACUCGAGGACUGUUUAAUCUGAUAUAAAACACACUGCAAAGCCAAGGAAUUGAAUAUUUCUAAACGCUCCUGAAAUUUGCGAGAUCUUAAAAUAAAUAACCUGCACUUUUUAACCAGUAUAGCAAUACUUUUUAACGCUCAGUGCCUUUUAUUAUCACAUUAUGAAAGUUACCACCCAAAAAUUUCAAGCCUUAAAUUUAAAUUUAAAAUUUUAGAUAGACGAAUAUAAUAUAGGCUGAUUAUAUCUUUUUUCUGGGCUUAGGUCAUCCAAGUUAGAAGGGAGGGUAUGAAUGCCUAGAUGUCGCACAAAACAAUAGAGUUAAAGGCCAAUUUUUUGCCAAUCACGUAAAUUUUCCGAAAGCCUAAGACUCUUCAUGCGCCAACAAAAUUAUGCUGGAUUCGGCCAUGCCAUUUCUAAAGGGCUAUAGUUCCUGUCUUUUUCUUUAUACAUCCAAUUAUACUUGUUUUUAUGCACUGCUAUAUUUCACGCAAGUUGUCUUAACAAAGUGUAGGGUGCUAACAGUUUGGCACAUUCUAUUGAUCGAUGACCAAAUGUAAUAUGAUUAUUGUAUAGAAAAUUUACUAUGCAAAUAAAUUUUCUACAUAUACAAUAUAUCAGAAUUGUUUGUUAUAGCUUGUGUUGUUAAAUAUCGUAUGUUUAAAGACAUGAUCGAAAACCCAAUUAUGUGCCUUUAGGACAUCACAACAAAGAGUUUUCCAAUUAAUAAACACUGCUAAUAGUUGAUAAAGUUAAAAAACACUUCACCUGAAGCGAAGAUUAUAAUUGAAGCUUUCCAAAAUUGCUUAGUGGCAUUUUCGCAGUGAUCUUUCUGUCUUUCAAUUCUUUUACCUUAAAGCUGGAAUCGGGGCAAGUUCUCUUGUUUCAAAACACAUGUCUUGCACCGGCGAAGACAUUUUCAUGUUUCAUUUUUACGCAUUUAAAUUUUUUUCAACUACAAUUCAGUAGAAAUCUGUUAGCGUGAAAUACAAGAGAAAAUAAAAAUUUGCCAUAGAAAGUCGAAAGCUAGAAUAAAAACAUUUUUGAAAAGAGAGAAAUUAUAAUGGGAAAAGCAUUACUCGAUAUUUAAAAAAUUUGAAUUGUAAAGCGGUUUAAGUAUCCAGGCACUGGCUAUUCCUUCUAUCUGAUUUUGGCAACAGUGCAUAUCACUGCUUUUAAAAUUCAUUGCAAAAGACAAGAUAAAUGAUAAAACAAAUUUACAUAAAUGUUUAGAAAGUUGCUGGAAUAAAUGAACAAGCUGGUAGCAAUAUAUUUUUGUUAAAUGAUAUAAACUGCCAAUAGACUGGCUACGUUGUAAAGGUUGAAAACACACACAUAAGUAGCUACUACUGAUUUGUGUGUUUGUUGUUGUUCAUUCUUGUCACGUUGCAUUGUUACUUAUUUACUACAUUUUAUCAAUU